AUGGCUGGGUGCUGUAAGAAAUACGCAGUAUUAUGGAUCUUCUUGGCUUUGGCAGCUGUAGCCAUAACACUAGGUCUGGUAUUUGGACUUAAGUCCAAAGAUGACGAUAAUGAACUGGGUGUAGGAGCUGUGGCUUCCAACGGAGAAGGAUGUGCAGAUAUUGGAGGAGAAAUGCUAAAAGAGGGAGGUUCUGCCAUUGAUGCUGCCAUAGCCACUUUAUUGUGUGAGGGUGUCAUGUUACCACACAGUCUGGGUGUUGGAGGUGGGUUUGUGGCGACCAUAUACACCAAAGCUACAGGACGCAUGGUGUCGGUGAUAGCACGUGAAACCGCCCCAGCUGCUGCCCAUCAAGAUAUGUUCAUUGGCAAAGAGAUUACGGGGGCCAUUUCAGCUGCCAUUCCCAGUGAGAUCUAUGGCUAUUGGAAACUUCAUGAGAAAUAUGGUAUAUUGCCAUGGCAAAGACUCUUUGAGCCCACCAUUGAUUUGUGUGUAAAGGGACACAAGGUCUCACGCUAUUUGGCUAAUGUUCUCAAUUUGAAUGGAGAUCGAAUUCGCAAAGAACCCUCAAUGGCUGAGAUUUUCAUCAAUAAAUACACCAAUGAACUGUACAAGGAGGGUGAGACCAUGUAUCGUCCACAAUUGGGUGAGACUUUGCGUAUUGUGGCCACUGAGGGACCAGAGGUUAUGUAUCGUGGUGGACGUGUUGGCAAGAAAUUGGUGGAAGAUAUUCAAGAAAUGGGUGGCAUUAUAACCGAGGAAGAUCUAAUGAAAUAUGACAUUCGCUGGGAGGAACCAAUUGUGGCCCACUUUACAGGCGGCUAUUCUCUGUAUACCACCCCCUUGCCCACCAGUGGCGCCGUUUUGGCCUUUAUGCUGAAUGUCAUGGAACCCUUGUACACCCAUCAUCAUGAUGUCUAUUGGCAGCGUGUCAUCGAGACUUUCAAGCAUGCCUAUGGCCAUCGCACCAAUUUGGGUGACAUCCACUAUGAGCCCCAAGUGAAAGAGGUUUAUGAUCAACUCACCAGUACCUCGUUUGCUGCAGAAAUUCGUAAAUUGAUUAAGGACGAUGUUACCUUCACAGAUUUCGCCUAUUAUGGAGCUAAUUUCUCAAAUGUGGAAGAUCAUGGAACAGCAAAUUUGGUGGUGUUGGCACCAAAUGGUGAUGCCAUUUCGGUGACUAGUACCAUAAAUGGACAUUUGGGUGCCAAGGUUCGUUCCCGUCAAACUGGUAUUAUCUUAAACGAUCAAAUGGAUGAUUUCUCCACACCUGGCGUCGUUAAUGGUUACGGCAUUCCAGCAUCACCUGCCAAUUACAUUAAGCCAGGCAAACGGCCUAUGUCUUCGACUUGUCCCAGUAUUGUUUUGGACAAACAUGGACAUGUCAAGCUAUUGGUGGGAGGAGCUGGUGGCUCAAGAAUUACAACUUCAGUGGCACAGACAAUUCUACGCUACUUCGUUUUCAAUGAACCCAUUGAUGUUUCCCUAAACUCUGGUCGUAUCCAUCAUCAAUUGGCUCCCAUGCGUGUGGAUGUAGAACCUGAAGUGCCCGAUAGCACCGAGGAUUAUCUAAUUAAAGUAGGUCACGAUAUCAAUUACUUACCUCAAGACAAGGCUUAUUCUGCCCUAACGGCCAUUGGACUGAAGACUCAUGUCCCACAUCCGGUUUGUGAUCGUCGUCGUGUGGGCAGUGCUGUUGUUGUGCAUCCCAACAAAUGAGCUGAGCCGAGUUGACCAGGUGUUCAAAACUGCAAAAUUUGAUCCAGAAAAUACCUUAUUACAAUUUUUUUUAACAUUUUAAGCUAAACAAAAAACUGGAUUGUCACUCGAAAUAAUUCCAUUUGACAAUAUAAAAGUGUAACAAUUGAAUUUAAAAAUGCAUACAUGCAUACAACAUGUACAUGCAU